GGAGACCCUGUGUGAUGUUUUAUUCCUACACUAGAACUGCCCCCAAGAAAUGUUGCACACUCUGAAAUUGGCUAAAUGAAAACACACCCAGGAAGGAUUCAUCACAGAUUGCAGCAGUAUAAGUACAAAGAAGAAGAAGAAAAGAGGAAGGAUGUGUUUUGAGUGUUUCCCUAGUGUGUACGAAAGCAGCAGUCGCAUUACAUCGCCACACUCUCUGUCUGGGGGAGCCAAAAGGCUGGUUGGGGGGCUUUCAGGAAGCUCAUUUGAUGAUGUUUAAGAGGUGUUCAGGAUCAAGUGCAGGGAAAGUGACACACCAUCGGGAGGAUCACCGAGCGGGGCUAAAUGACCAGAGACUCACAUUUGAAGAUGGACUUGAGUUUGCUUCAAGCUCUGGAGAGGGAGAGGAUCUUGGAAGUACUUCGGAGAGACAAAGUGUUGCGUACAAUUGAAGAAGACAGGAUCAGUAGAAUGAAAUUGCAGCUCCAGGAGCUUCGAAGGAGAGGCGCCAAGAGUUACUCCAGGGAGUACGGCGAGCGGACGUGCGCUCGUUGCCAGAUGCCGCUGGGAAGGUUCUGCAACACGGGCGCGGUCUGCCGUGGAUGCAGCCACCGAAUCUGCAGCAAGUGCCGCGUGUGCGUGGGAGAGGCGCCGUGGAAGUGCACGGUCUGCUACGCCUACAGGGAAGUAAAGAUCCGGUCUGGAGACUGGUUUUUAGAGGAAAAGACGAAGAAAUUUCCUGCUAUAGCAGACAAAUAUGAGACAGUUGGUGAGAAACUGUUGAAGACCUACAAUAUGUGGAGUCACAUAGCAAUUGUGCCACCCACUCCACCAGCCCACUCGAGAUUUGACUUUCUGAGCAGAUCAGGGGAUUCAGAAAAGUCCAGAAUGUUAUCCAAAGCAGUGGAAGAUCUUCUGUGUUCAUUCAACAGUGAUGUUAAAAAAAUGUCCUCAUCUCAGAACGACGUGAGAACAGACCUGCUGAACGUCGACCGCGGCAAACAGUUGCAUAUCAGCGCACAGAAGAGCCUCUCUGACACCGACGUCAGCAAAUCUCGCAAACGCUACCAAGACCUAAGCCUUCCCAACCUGUUCAAGCGAAGCAAGGACAGCGACCAGGAAGGCUGCUCCACGGGCGCGGAAGAAGAGACCUCCAAUAGUUCAGAAAACUCUGAUGUCAAGCGAGGUAGUUACAGCAGCAUCAGCACGGAGUGCAGCCUGCUUGAGGGCGUCAGUGCGAGCGGAGACGUGGAGCUGGCGCUGGCCUACAACACCGACUCUUCCUGUUUGGAGAUCACAGUGGGAGCGUGUCGAAACCUUCCCCACAGUGACGACCGGAAGAAGAGGUGUCACCCUUGCACAAUGUCCACGCGCAGGUACGUCAAACUCUACAUGAUGCCGCCCAAGAGCAACAAACGGAAGACUGCAGUCAAGAGAAACACCACCAGUCCUGUUUUUAAUGAACUUUUUCAAUAUCACAUAGAGCGUCACCUGCUGACUGGAAAGCGACUGCAGGCGUCUGUGUGGCAUUCAGGAUCCUUGCACAGGAAGGUUUUUCUGGGCGAGGUCCUCAUCCCACUGGAUGGCUUGCAAUUUGACGACAAACACUUCCAGCGCUUCAACUGGUACCCGCUCUGUCUGCAGGUGUGUGACUGACACUGGAAGACGGCUCACGUUGUGGUGGAUGCGUGGGGAUGGGCGGGGCCAGCGAACAUCACCUCUUUAUGGGACACGUUUGGUUUCCUCUUUUUUUUAAAAUUCAUCAUUAUCUUUUCAGCCAUCAAAACUGUUGUCAAUGAGGGUUUUGUUCGCAAUUAACAUUGUGUGCAAAUUGUGAUGAUUUAUUAUUAUAAAAUAUAACUGUUUUAUGUUAACAUUAUAUAAAUGUAUUUACUCUAUAAGUUAUGUUUUAUAUGAGAUGACUGUUUUUUUUUUUAAAUCACAUUGUCCUGUAUUUGUAUAUUCUUGUUUUUGCCGGAAGAAGGGUUAAGUCAUAUUUUUUAUUAUUUAUGUAUUUAUUUUUAAAAAAGGAAUAAUUAUAUUUUCCUUCCAUAUGACAAUUUUCAAUCUCACUUUGUCUCUUCUGGUUCCAUGAGUUUACAUUUGGACAAUAAAUGGCCCUAUG